AGAUGGGCGAGAUAAACAGGAUCCCCAGGCUGUGACUGAGUAGUUUGCCGAUCUCUGGAUACCCAUCCCUGCAUCCCUGCUGAGGAGGACCCUGCCUGCAUCUUUAAUCCCAUGUACAGCCGCCUUCUUGUUAGCAAGUAUUAGCGAUGGCAAACAGGGGACCAAGCUAUGGCUUAAGCCGAGAAGUUCAGGAAAAGAUUGAACAGAAAUAUGACCCGGAAUUAGAGUCAAGGCUGGUGAACUGGAUUAUUGUACAGUGUGGGGAACAGAUAGAGCACCCUCCUCCCGGCAGGCAACAUUUUCAGACCUGGUUGAUGGAUGGAACGCUGUUAUGCAAGUUAAUAAACAGUUUACAUCCGAAGGGAAAUGAGCCCAUUGCAAAGAUCUCUGAGUCAAAAAUGGCUUUUAAGCAGAUGGAGCAAAUUUCUCAGUUCUUAAAAGCUGCUGAAAUCUACGGGGUCAGAACAACAGAUAUUUUCCAGACAGUGGAUUUAUGGGAAGGGAAGGACAUGGCAGCAGUGCAGAGAACCUUAAUGGCUCUAGGCAGUCUGGCAGUCACCAAGGAUGACGGCUGCUACAAAGGAGAUCCAUCCUGGUUUCACAGGAAAGCACAGCAGAACCGACGAGGAUUUUCAGAAGAGCAGCUUCGUCAGGGACAGAACGUUAUAGGCCUUCAGAUGGGCAGCAACAAAGGAGCAUCGCAGUCGGGUAUGACAGGCUAUGGGAUGCCAAGGCAGAUUAUCUGAAGCAUCUCUGUAGAGCAAACACAUCUUCUGCAGCAUGGUCUGUUUAAAAAACCAGAAAAAGUGAAAAACAAGCACUCAUUAUUCCCCUUUCUGCCUGGUUUUUAAUAGUUAGUGCUAUGAGGUUUGGGGUAUUUGGGUUUGGUUUGUUUUGUUUGCAGCUGCAAGAGUUCACCCAGGAACUAUGUUUUUUGUGGUGGUGUGUGUCAGUUCCCAGCACAUGCGCACUGCUGCCUCCUCCUCCUCCUCAUCCUCACUUCUGAACUAUGCAAAGAGAGUUAUUCUGUAUUAAUUUAUUUGCGAAGCGUUAUCUUCUGUAUUUCACCUGUAUCUCAACCGGUAACCUUGUUCUUCGGUUCGGUGAUGGUAUCGUUUGACCCAAGAAUAAAGACAAAUUAAAGACAC